UCUGCAGAAGAAAGUCAUUCACAUCUGGGAUGGCAUGAGGGUGAGAACAUUUUCAUUUUGGGGGAAACUAUCCCUUUAAAGAUCAACAAGGCAGAAACAAGUUACUGCCGUGCAGAAUUGCAACGCAUUUAUAAAGACUACAACUCCCACAGAGCUUUGCAAAUACCGGUGACGUGGCCGGUGUUACCCAGCAGACCGGGGUGAUUUGAACUUCAUUUUGAUGUGAGCAAUAUUCCGUUUCAAUUCACGCCUCCUGUUCCAUUCUGCUUGUUGGUUGUUACUUUGUACACGAUAAGACACGCUACUUUAUAGCCCGUAAAGUUCCAUCACGAUGUCCGGGAAAAUCAAGAGCAGGAGUGCUGCAAAUGCCGAAUCAAUAGCGGGCAGUGUGUCCUGCGACGAGCGCAUCUUACGGGACUGCCAUCAGAUGUACACCGAACCGGAUAGCGGACUGAUGGCAAUAGCCCAGUGUGUUGGGGUGACCCUGCUGCCUCCCCGUAAAAAGAUAACUGUGAUGUUGAUGGGGAAUCACUCAGCUGGAAAAAGCACCUUUAUUAACUGGUAUGUGGAGGAGCAUAUCCAAAGGACAGGGGUUGCUAUAGAGACACAGGGUUUCAGCUUUGUUACAAGCGGGCGAAAAAGAGAAUCGCUCACGGGAAAUGCAACGCUACAUCUAUAUCCCCACUUCAAACCACUACAGGACUUUAAAGGAGUGUCAGAAUACCUUAGCACUGAAGUUUGUACUUCACGACAGAAACGUUUCAGCUUGGUGACUUUUGUUGACAGUCCUGGACUGGUGGAUGGAGAUAUGAAGUACCCCUUCGAUGUGGAUCAAGCCAUCCUCUGGCUCGGAGAACUGUGUGACCUGAUCCUGGUCUUUUUUGACCCGAUGGGACAGGCUUUAUGUAAGCGCACACUCAACAUUGUGGAGAAACUGAAUGAUAAGCAAGGAGAUCGCCUUCGUUUCUAUCUCAGUAAAGCUGACGAGGCUGGGGGGGAGUCUGACCGACAGAGAGUUAUGAUGCAGAUUGUGCAGGAGCUUUGCAAGCGUCCUGGACUUAACAAGUGUGGCUUUGACAUGCCCACCAUCUACGUUCCCAACCCAAGUAAGCCCAGCCGAUGUGUCAAUCAAAUUGAAGAGGUGUGUCAGACCAUAGAGAAGACCAUUAACCAGACUGUACAGAACACGCUAAACUCACUGGAGAAGGACUGUAACCUCAUCACUGAGGCCAUCACCGACACACUUGAUAAUGACCGGCAGUGCAGCAUUGAGAACUGUCGUGCACGUUUUAAGGGCUGUUUGUUAGGGAUGCUGGGUUUUACUGUACCCCUGCUGCUGCUUGCUGUCCUGGUGCUUGGCAGCCUCUCCAGAGAAGUACUGGUGCUCAUGCUGGGUGAUACCGGCAUUGAAGCACUCUCCCUAUAUGUGGCUCCUGCAGUGAAGAUGUUUGAUUCUCUGACCGUGGAAGUGCAGCUGUACAGUUGUGCUGGAUUGGUGCUGUUGUCCUUCAUCUUCCUCCUCCUUGCUCGCUUCUCUUUCAGGACUAAACCCUCACUGUCUGGAAAGCAAAAGAGACAACUUCAAGAAAAACUGGAGUAUGUUCAGGAGGUGGUCAAGACCAGAAAGAAAAUUCUCUAUGAAGAGUACCUGCGUCAGAGUGUUGGUGACCAGGACAUGAACUGAGAGAAAACCAAAGAUUUUAAAUCUUGGAUUGAACAAUAAAGAACUCAACUAAACCACUAAACAGCCACUAGACUGUAGGGGACACCCCAGGAUAUUUCAUGGGCACUUUAGUUACACGCUCCUGCAAGUUCUUAGAAGUCUUUCCACGUUUAGCACCUAUUAAUGAUGGAACUGUGGACCAAUUCUGUGUUUUGAAUGUGUAGUCAUUACAAUAUAACACAUGUACUGUACAGAAAUUAAAGGACUACAUUAAGUGACUUGGACCUAAUACGAUGAUACACAACUGAGGAAUGAGGAGCCUUUCAUAUGUGGCAUGAGAUAUUCCAAUAAAUCCUAGAGCUCAGUUUAAUUGCAUCAUGGUCAAUUUUAAUAGAAAUAUCAUAGCUGUCUUUUGUAUACCACUGUUUCCUACAUUUUUACAUCAAUUGUUACUGCUGUUAUGAUAAUAAAAUAUA